UUUUUUUUUUUUUUUUUUUACACGGCAUCAGCAGAAGAGGAGAGACACAACGGACCCACAAUGACCAUCGACGACCUGUCCCAGAGCCAGAUCACUGUGACAGACCUGGACCAGUUUCUGCGUAAACCUCCAACCGGCUUCUCCGUGGACAGGUCCGGGUCCGGUUACUGCGUCCACACCGAUCCGGACAAAAACCUGGUCCUCAUCGAUGACUUCCACUCCUGUAGGGGUAAAGUAGUUUUCCACAACUCGUUGCGAAGGAAAGUUCGAAUGCGCAGUCUGUGGGAGUACACCCGAGUCAGAAAGAGUCUGCUGUCCAAGAGGAUCUACCUCCUCAUGUCUGUGUGUGAGGGAAACUCUCCACACAGCAAAGACAUCAGAGUACUGAAGCAUUUCGUGGUGUCCAUUGAUGGAAAAGACCCUUUCAUCCAGUGGCAGAUGGAGCGAGGCCUGGACUGGACGAUAGCAUCAGUGGCAGGGGAAAGCUACAGAGUAGAUGUUGACCUGACUGAAGCACUGGAGGACUGGGCAGAAAAAAACAUCCAGAUGACGAACAGGAACAGAUUAACAGGCAUCAAACCUGUCUGGAGAGACGCUUCCUUCACCCUCAAGUACUACUCUGAUGCUAUGUUUGACUUCCCACACUGGUUUGGCUUCAGCAGAAGAACAUUUAAGCUGAAAAUGACUUGAGCCAGCGGUGGAUUAAGCACAUGGCAAAAUGGAUCUUGAGUCUUCAGAAAACCCAAUUGCAUCCCAUAUUGGUCCAGAUGCUGUGAUUUUUCAAGCUAAUCAGAGAAAAGACUGAUGAAAUCCUAUCGAGAACAUUAUUAAUGGCAUAAACAUGAGAUUGUUUGUGAAUAUUCAGUAUUUUGAAGACAUGUUUGGAAAUACAUUGUAAGUGUAAAAUCUGUGCUGAAGAAUAUUGUAGACUGUUGUAUGUAUGGAUGUUUAUUUUUGACCAGACACAAAUACAAAAUCAGAAAUCAUCAGUUUAGCAAAUGUAAUCAGACAUUAUGAAUUUCCAUGAUUUAACCCACACUGGACUAAGGGAUGAGGAGAAGCGCAGAAGCAGCGUUGGUGAUGGUCUCCACGUAUUCCUUGUAGUCGCUGCCGUAGAAACGCAGCAGCAGGUAGUUGAAGACGCCGACAACCGACAUCAACAACAGGAAGGAGAGGAUGCGCUUUCCAAACAGGAAGCCUGGGGUGCUACACAGAAAUAAUAAUAAUAAAAAAAAAAAUUAUAAGAUGACGUGUCUGAUCGCAGCAAAAGUUCAGAUUAUCUGUUAGUACUGACCUUUGAGAGUUUUGUCCCAUGUACCCGACAAAGUACUUCUGCCUGACAACAAGGUACAUGAACCCUGCGAAGGCGGCUGGAGCUGUGGACACACCAGAGAAAAAAUAAAAGGAAUGUGAAACAUUUUA